GGGUUUCACAUCGGAACUAAAUCCCUGGUCUGAUUUUACAAGCAGGAACCGAUCCCUAAUUACAUAUAAUCCAUUAAUUAUUAAAAAAAUAAGUUAAAAAAAAAAACAUUAUAAUUUUAAAUAUUCUUAUGAUAAAGUAACUGCUACGUGGCGUCUUUAGUCCUGUGAAAGAUGAACUGAAUCUUCUAGAAAAUAGGCCCAAGUGGACACUGGCAACCAAGACAUCAAAAUUGGAAAAAGGGGAAAAAGGAAAGAAAAAAGGAAAAAGCACAGCUCUUGCUCUGAACAACCGUUCCCAGUCACUCUUUAUCAGUAAGAUUUUUUUGUUUUUGCAGAGAGAAAAAGGAAAUGAAGAUAACCGGGGGAGGCGGAUCAAUAAGUGAGGUUUUGGUGCUAAUUCCGUCUACUGGAGCUCUCGAUCUCAGGUCUCCUCCUCAUUUGAGACACCACCACCACCACCACUUCCAUUCUUUCUCCUUUCUCUCUUCUGCCCUCUUCAAAAGAUGUCCUUCGUUUGGCAUGCCAAAGCAAGGAAUUGGAACUAUUAAGUGGCGUCAAAGAGGCUUAACCCUGAGAGCCUCAGGGGACGCUAACAAUUAUUCAGUUCCACUCCCUCCUCUUAAAUUUGAGUCCCCGGUUGGCCAGCUUUUGGCUCAAAUUUUGCAAACCCAUCCUCAUUUACUCCCUUCAGCUAUUGAUCAGCAGCUUGAGAACCUUCAAUCUGACAGAGAUGCCUCCACGGAUCAAUCUCCUUCGUCUCAAGAUCUCCUUUACAAGAGAAUAGCUGAAGUGAAGGAGAAGGAAAGGCGGAAGACACUGGAGGAGAUCAUUUACUCAUUGAUAGUGCAGAAAUUUUUAGACAAUGACAUUUUAAUGAUCCCAAAAGUAUCAGCAACCUCAGAUCCUACAGGAAGAGUAGAUUUUUGGCCAAACCAGGAACAGAAAUUAGAAUCUGUUCAUUCACCUGAAGCCUUUGAAAUGAUAUUGAGCCAUUUGACCCUUGUAUUGGGAGAGCGUGUGGUGGGUCCCCUUGAAACGAUUGUUCAAAUUAGCAAAAUCAAACUUGGGAAGUUGUAUGCUGCAUCUAUAAUGUAUGGGUAUUUCCUCAGAAGAGUGGACGAGCGAUUUCAGCUGGAGAGAACUAUGAAUACCUUACCCAAGGGUUAUGAUGAAAACCGGGCACGAUAUGACGAACCAAGCCCAAUGAAUCGACUUUGGGAUCCAGAUUCGUUGAUAAGGAUUCAACCUGAUAAUGGAGGUGAUAGCGAAAUGGGUUUCAUGGAUACUGUUGAAGGAAAAUCAUACAGACUGAGAUCAUAUGUGAUGUAUUUGGAUGUAGAGACACUUCAAAGAUAUGCGACAAUAAGAUCCAAGGAAGCGAUGUCGUUAAUUGAGAAGCAAACACAAGCACUGUUCGGGAGGCCUGAUAUAAGGAUUGCUGAGGAUGGUUCCAUUGACACAGCGAAUGAUGAAGUGAUUUCUAUCACUUUCUCUGGACUGACCAUGCUCGUCUUGGAGGCAGUAGCAUUUGGAUCAUUCCUAUGGGAGGGAGAAAGCUAUGUCGAAUCGAAAUACCAUUUUAUCAGCAGUUAAUAAGACAAUUUUAUUUUUAUAUUUCACAUUUUUGUCGAGUCAUUGUUGCUGUUGUGUAAUUAUAAUUGCAGUCUUGUUCUGGCAUGCUGUUAAACAUGAGUUGUGCAGUUGAAGUAUAGAUACUUAGAUAGGGGCAUCUGGCCAUGAAUACAAUGUUGUAAUAGCUCCUAAAGAUGUAUAGCCAGCCAUCUCUUCCUAGCAAA